CAAAUUAUCAACAUAUUCAGCAGCAACGAUAUUGAUCCAAGAUGAAAAUAUUAAGAACAUUGGUAUUCUUCUGUGUCUUGGCAUAUGGUUUCUGCCAAGAAGAAGACCAAUGUGAUUCUCAGUAUAAUGAUGAUAUUCUAGCAGGAUUUGAUUUCGAUGAUGCCGAUAAAUACCCUGAAGGUGAAAUAGCUGGGGCGGAAAAAGAACUCUCUAAACAGAAUGCAAGAGAUUAUGAGCAGUUAAAGAGUGACAAAGAUGCUGCACAAAGCCUCAUUUCUUUAAAUAUCAAAGAGCAGUGGAUCGCACCACCACAACCUGCUAAUGCAUCGAUGUGUGAGUCUAAGUUCAGAUCAUUGAAUAUUGGUAAAACAUUUUGGUAUUAUGGUAAAAAGUGUUACGUGCUGAAACCCUGGUGGAAUACUGUUUUUACAGCUAUAACGUAUGCUGACUGCAAACCACAAUAUUGUAAGAAUGUUCCUUGCAUGUCCUGGAUGUUCCCAUACAGAUAUAGGUGUGUACAAAGCAACUAUAAAAUCUUCAACAUUUGGCUUUACUGUCCACAACCAUUCCCACGUAUACACAGACUACAACUGAAAGCUCCACAAUGUUGUGAAUGCAGGAAAUUCAAAGCACCUUGGAUUGCAUUGGAGGAUUUAACCAAAGGAUAGAGAGAUGAGCAUGUACUUACAGUUUGAAUCACACACUUAGAGCUACAAGAAAUUCAACUGCAUAUUGCGACGAAGACAUUAUUUCGGAUUCUGUUUUUUAGAAAUGACAUGUUUUGAAGAAGAAAAAAACAUGUAAUUUUCUUUCACUUAUUAUAUAAUCAGUAUUUUAUAAAUAAAAAUAUUUUUGUUCAAUUACUUGAAACUGUUAUCAUUGGAAUUGCCUCUAAACACUCCCCUAGUAUAUCUUGCCCGAUUAUACAACCUUUGCACUUCAAAGCAAAAUUCCUUGGGACCAACCUUAUUGCAUUUCAUGAACUAAUAUAGAAAAACAUUUCACUAUUUCUUCAAGUAUUACAAUUAGAAUUCAUUAUUGUUUUAUAUAAUUUCAUGUAUGUUUGUAAGUAAUUAUCAUUGUUUUUAAAAUACGAAUAAAGUUCUUUAAAUCUGGUUUA